CCCCGCGGCUCAAUUCAAAUUUGAACGCGGUUGGUGGAUUUGGUGUGUGUUCGGGUCCGGGCGGGAUUUUACAUUAUUCUCAUUUAAACAGUUUCUUUAUUGGGUUUAUUUAGAGGUGGAUUACAUUUAACGGAAUAAUGAUGGGGAGCCGAAGAAGUGACGCUAUGGCAUCUUCCCUUGUAACGGGCAUCAAUCAUGCCAUGGCGAGGCUGGUCGACAUCUGGGACAGUAUCGGCAUCAUGGAGGAGCAGAGGAUUGAAAGGAUGCAGACUGUUAAAAAAUAUAUCGAGGACCUUCUGAAGGACAUGAUCACUGAAGAGGAGUCACUCAGACACCGCAUCAGAACCAGCAUUAUUACGACUCAGAAGCAGUUGGAGACGCUGUGUCUCGAGUUGUCUAUGGAACCGUAUAAAUUAGAGGAAGACCUGACUGUCCUUCAGAUAGAGAAGAACCUGCGCUGCCGCCUAGAGACUCUACAGAAAGAAAAGAGUGAUCGUCUGAGGGAGCUGAGUGAUCUGUUGAAGCAGGAUGAAGAGCUUUGUGUGACACUGUGCUCUACACCUUACUACAUUCCCACUGGGAGCAUGCCCUCUCGCACACAACUGCAGGAGCUCCGCGAGCACAUCAAGCAGCUCAGCGACGAAAAAGAGAGCAGGGUGAAGGUUUUCUCAGGGCUCAGGGAGGACAUCAGAAAUCUGAUGGAUGAGAUGGGCCACGAGCCAGAAACCAGUCUCGAGCGAGAGUCUGUCUGUCCCGACACUGACAUUUUCCUGCUCACACAUGAAAACAUCAAAGCUCUAAAGCUGCUGCUCAGUCAGCUGGAAAUGAAGAAGGAAUCGUUAAUUUCAUCCCGGGACAAACUGAAGGAUCGUGCUACGAGCCUGUGGAAACGACUGAGCUGUCCAGACGAUGGGGCAGAAGAAUUCAAUAAGGAGCCAUUGAGCAAUCUCUGUGAUGACAUUCGAAGGUGGCAGGCAGUAGUGGAUCGUCUCGAGGUGCUCCAGAGGACCAAGCUGGAGGAGGUGAUAGAAAAAGUCAGACAAGAGCUUGUUGUCUUCUGGGACAAGUGCUUAUUUGGUCCAGAACAGCGUGAAACUUUCAACGCCCACUUCUGUGAUGCUAAUUACACAGAGGAACUACUUAGCCUGCAUGACUAUGAGCUCUUGAAGCUGAAGGAGUUUUAUGAGAAGGCACAAUCUUUGCUGGAGAACAUUGAGAAAUGGGAGAGGAACUGGGCUCUCUUCCAGGAUUUUGAGAGAAAAGCAGCAGAUCCGAAUCGCUUUGCCAAUAGAGGAGGUGCUUUACUGAAGGAGAGCAAGGACCGAGCUAAAGUGCAGAAGCUACUUCCUAAGAUAGAGGAAGAUCUAAAAUGUCGUGUGGAGGCUUGGGAAAAGAACCAAGGCUCACCGUUUUUGAUGAGAGGACAGCGGGUGAUGGAGUACAUCUUUAAACAGUGGGAAGAGCAUCGCUCACAGAAAGACAAGGAGAAGAAUGAUCGUAUGUCUAAGAAAGCAGAUGGCACUCUGUUAAAAACCCCGAAUAAGAGACCUCAUGGAGCAGCCAACAGCAGUGUGACCCCAAGCAAGAUACGGAAGAUCCCUAAUCAGCCUUCGCUGCGCACCACCACAAUGAGCACCAGCGCCAGCAGUGUGUCCAGCACGUUUCUUUGUGUACCCGGCAAGCCUCCACUCUCAGCCAGGAGAGUUAAACCUUUUGAGGCAAGUGCAGCCCCUCGGACACCGCUGCAGGAGUUUAACAGUGAUCAGAAGUUCAACCCAAUCACCUACUCUGACUUUACAAAUGAGUUAUCCAGAAAGGCCAAUCAAGAUGCUGUUCUGAACUCCACUGUAAAAGAUGUGCUGUAAAUCACCUUUAAAAUGCGUGCACUUCAAUUUUUAGGUCAAAUAUUCACAUGCAGCUACUGCCCUUAAUUCAAGGCAUCUUUUUUUUUUUUAUGUAUGUUUUUGUUUACAUUUUGUACCCUUAUUUUUAUGCAAUUAGCUUUUUUAGCAGUGUUUUUUCUGUAAUUAAUCAUUUUCCAUCUGCUUUAUUUAGUUUGUAUAUUCUUUUAUAGGGACCUGCAAUGUACCGUAUUACAUAUAUUUUACAUGCUUUUAAGCUGAGCACCUUAAAAGUACACCUAUAUAUCUAUUACCACUGUGCAUUUUGUUCUCAUCAAAGCCAAAUAAAUAUCUAAAUUUGUGUCUUAA